GGAAGUGCCGCCGUCAUGCCGGGCGCCGCGGAGCGCGGCUCGGAGCUCUCCGAGCAGAUCGAGGCCUUUGCGGCGCGGCUGCGGCGCGGCGGGGAGCGGCCGCGCUCCGAGGACACGGCGCGGCAGACGCUCUCGCUGCUGCGGAAGAUCGUCGGGCACGGGCGAUGGAGCCGGGCCGGGGAGCUCAUGGAUCUGAUCCGGACAGAGGGCCAGAGGAUGACAGCAGCCCAGCCGUCGGAGACAACAGUGGGCAACAUGGUGCGACGGGUAUUGAAGGUCAUUCGUGAGGAAUAUGGCCGGCUUCACGGGCGCAGUGAGGAAAGUGACCAGCAAGAAUCCCUGCACAAACUCCUGACUUCUGGAGGACUGAGCGAAGAUUUCAGAACCCCUUACCCCUCCCUCAGAGCUAAUGUUAUUGAAGCUAUUAAUGAGAUGCUAAUUGAGCUAGAGGGCACCACUGAUAACAUUGCAAUGCAGGCCCUGGAGCACAUCCACUCCAAUGAGGUGAUCAUGACCAUUGGCUACUCACGCACGGUCGAGGCCUUCCUCAAGGAAGCCGCUCGCAAGCGCAAGUUCCAGGUCAUCGUGGCAGAGUGCGCGCCCUUCUGCCAGGGUCAUGAAAUGGCUGUCCGACUGUCUAAAGAGGAUAUUGAAACUACUGUCAUGAGUGAUGCAGCUAUUUUUGCUGUCAUGUCUCGAGUCAACAAGGUCAUCAUUGGUACAAAGACAAUCCUGGCCAAUGGCGCCCUGAUUGCUGUGAGUGGGACUCACACUCUGGCACUGGCAGCUAAACACCACUCCACUCCACUCAUCGUGUGUGCCCCCAUGUUCAAGCUUUCACCACAGUUCCCUAAUGAAGAAGAUUCAUUCCACAAGUUUGUGUCACCACAGGAAGUGCUGCCAUUCACAGAAGGGGAGAUCCUGGCAAAAAUCAAUGUUCACUGCCCAGUGUUUGACUACGUCCCUCCGGAGCUCAUUACUCUCUUCAUUUCUAACAUUGGGGGUAACGCACCUUCCUACAUCUACCGCCUGAUGAGCGAGCUCUACCAUCCCGAUGACUAUGAACUCUAAUACUGUGAAGCACAUCACUAUUCAGACUCUUUUAUCUUUCUCUUUAAAAAGAUACAACAGCUAAUUAAAUUGUAUGUUGCAAAGGCAAGUUGCUGUGGGGAGCCAGUGGGAAUUUGCUCAGCAAUAUCUUUUCUACCCAAAAGCAAAAGAAGGCAGAGCUCUUGUACAGGUUUAUAUCACAUGCUGUGCCAGAAACCAUGUGGAGCUGCUAACCCACUUUGAUUUUGAAAUAGCAAGGUAUAUGUGUAACUCUGGGGCAGCUAAGCUGUUACUUCAAAGUAUGCUGCAAUAAAGGCUGUUUACAGUGAUCUCACUGUUAAGCACAUUUUCCAUAUGCAGCUGUUUUGUUUAUUUAACUAGCAGGAGUUUUACCAGUGUAGUCAGUUGCCUGCACUCACUACAUGAUGCAGUAGCUGGCUUUACAGUGUGCUUUCACAUCUAAAUGUGGUAGGAGUAGGAACCCAUCAAUAGUUGUCUUCAAAAUGGAUAUUUAGCUAUUGAGUUAUUUCUGUGGGGCUAGGUGGGGAUUUACAAAUCUCUCACUCAAGAACACAAACUGCAAGGAGCUGGAGAAGGCAGCUGUGUGAGUCAUUCAUUGCCAGGUUAAGUGUUUCUUGAGUCUAAGUUGGCCUAUAUAUACUAUGAAGCUGGUCGAUGCUCAUUCCAACCACUGCCACGAGCCCAAGAAGUGAGUUGAGUGUGAACUUUAUUAAGAAAUACCUUCCAAUUUUCAAAGUACUAUAAAAUACACUAAUUAAAAUUCCCCUCUCUAUUAUGCAGAAUUAUGCUGUGCUUGCAGAAAAGAAGUGCUUUGCUUCAGUAACUGCAAGUGGCUGCAACUCCACACAGUGCAGCACUGACAUAGCGCCCAGACUUACAGCGCUAUUCCUUAAGGCUGAGAAUGCUUCUCCAGGCUCCAAGGGUGGGCUCCUCCUGCCAUGUUCUCCUGGCUGGUCUCUGCUUCUUUAGUCAGUAGUCAGAGGAGGGCUUUGAUGACUGCACUGGCUCAGAACUUGGCUUCACACAGGGUAGUCUAUCCACAGGAUCAUGGAUCAUACCAAUGCUUCUAGUGGUUGCAGUUUACAGUUUUAACUUUUUUUUAAAUAGGUUCUUUUUUUUUUCCAAAUAGCUGCCACGCUCUUGCCAUCUUCCUAAGUCUAGUCAAAUUAGGUUUAGGCUGGAGGGAGAAAAAUUAAGCACAAGUCAUAACUAAGUAAAUAAGUUUCAGUGUUUCCACACUCUUUGCCUUAAUACAGUCAUUGCUAAGUUAGUAUCUAAUUCAAAGUCCCACCUGACUUUCAACAGAAUCCAAUUUAAUAACAAUAAAGCACAGUAAUAGCAAA